AUGUCUUUGCUCCUCCCGGGACUACGCCGAGUAGCCCUGAGGGCACCGGCCCCUGCGGCGUCGAUAUGUCGCCAAUGCCUUUGGCAGCAAGCUCCAGCAGCAGCAGCACUACGGCCGUCUUCGAUCCAGCAGCAGCCGUCGUCGGCCCCAUCGCGGAUCCUGCGCAUCUUACGACAGACGAGAUCUCAGCACACGGCCUCACAGCAGGCGGCGCCAUUGAGCGACAUUGCCAAGCAGGCCGUCCCCGAAGCUGCUUCCUCCAAGUCCGCAAAGAGUAGCUCGUGGCCCGAGACGUCGUCAAAGUCUGUCGCAUACUGGCUUCUGGGCAGUGCCGUCAGUGUUUUUGGUAUCGUCGUCUUUGGUGGACUUACACGGUUGACCGAGUCCGGUCUCAGCAUUACAGAAUGGAAACCAGUCACCGGCUCGCGCCCGCCCAUCUCCGACGAGGACUGGGAGUCCGAGUUUACAAAGUACAAGGCCUCGCCCGAAUUCAAAAUGAUCAACUCGCACAUGGACCUCGAUGACUUCAAGUCCAUUUACUUUAUGGAGUGGACGCACCGGCUCUGGGGACGCGUGAUUGGCAUGUCCUUUGUUCUACCGACCAUUUACUUCAUUGCCCGCCGCCGCGUCACCAAGCGCAUGGCCUUUUCGCUCGUCGGCAUCUCGGCCCUCAUUGGUUUCCAAGGCUUCAUUGGCUGGUGGAUGGUGGCCUCGGGGCUCAAGGACGACCUCUUUGCGCCCGGUAGCCACCCCCGCGUCAGCCAGUACCGUCUCGCCGCCCACCUGGCCACCGCCUUUGUCUGCUACUCCUGGAUGCUGCUCUCGGCCCUCUCGAUCCUCCGCGCCCGCCGCGCCGUCGCCGCCCCCGUCGAGACCCUCAAGCACCUGACCGCGCUCCAGUCGCCCGUCCUCACGACCCUCCGCCGCUCCACCGCCCUGCUCACCGGCCUCGUGUUCGUCACCGUCCUGUCGGGCGCCCUCGUCGCCGGCCUCGACGCCGGUCUGAUCUACAAUGAGUUCCCCAAGAUGGGCCUCGGUCUCACGCCGCCCAAGUCGGAGCUCUGGGACAAGUUCUACAGCCGCAAGGAGGACGGCUCGGAUCUCUGGUGGCGCAACAUGCUCGAGAACCCGUCCCUGGUGCAGCUGGACCACCGCAUCCUGGCCACUACGACUUUUUGUGCCGUGCUCGCCCUGUUUGCCUACUCGCGCACUGGCAGGGUCUCUGCCGCCAUGCCCAAGGAUGUCAAAAAGGGCGUCCUGGGCAUGGUACACUUGGUCAGCUUGCAGGUUGCUCUCGGUAUCACUACCCUCAUCUACAUGGUUCCCAUCCCGCUCGGAGCCGCUCAUCAAGCUGGUGCCCUGGCCCUCCUGACGGGCGCUCUCGUAUUGGGACACCGACUUCGAGUGCCAAAGCCAUUGCUGGCUCAGGUGCAGAAGCGGCUUCAGGCUGCCCAGGGGCAGGUCAAGCGGUAA